AUGUAAGCAGGUGGUGCAUAACUGAAUACUGACUAGCGUACUCCUGAAGAUAAUGAAACAUUGAACUCUCUUAUUCGAAAAAUAGGCUUUUUUAAGGAACGAGAUAUAAAGGAGCAUGAUCUGGUAGAGAUUGCCAACUGCUUAAAGCAUGAAUUUCACAAGCAAGGAAACAUAGUUUUUGAUCAUGGAGAAAAGUUUUAUAUAAUCUUAAGUGGAACAGUAAGCGUAUAAAUACCCAUAAAGAGAAAGAAGGUACCGCUAGAGCUAUAGCAAGAAGAAUUUCAAGUUUAGCCAAUGCAAACACAAGAUCUUGGGAAUGCUCUUAAUGCAAGUCAAUUAUUAGAUUAAGAUCGUAGUUAACUCAGUUCAAGGUAAAAUAUGAAUAGAGCAUCAGUUGAAAGACAUACAACUCCAAGUAGCCCACUACUCGCAAGAAGAGAUAUUGUGAAGUUUGGUUCUAGAUAAAUAAGUUAGUAAAUGAAUGAUUAUCAGCAAUUGAAUUUCGGUCAAACGUCUAGUAACUAUCUAAAUGUUCUAUCUAAGGAAUCUCUUGUGCAUCCUUAACAUUUAAUUGAUCUUGCUGCGUCUAAAGUUAGCAAUAUAUCUGAUGAUCAAAUAGUAGAACAACUUAAUGAGGAUAGCAAGGAUUAAUCAGGAAUUAAUGAAAAUUAUAGAAAAUCCUAAUUUAUAAAAAAAGGAUUUAUUUCAGAAAAUGUAAUGAGCUUUGUUAAGAGCCAGGACAUCUCAAAUUAAGCAUCGAUUCAAAGGAAAGAAUUAAAUGAGCCUGCAUCACCAUCCUUUAAAAAAAAGAAAUUUGCUGCAAGGCUUGCUUCAAUCAAUGUUAAAGAUGGUUCAAGCCCAAGACAUGCUCACACUCAUCAUCAUUAUGCCCAUAAGCAUAACUUAUAAGAAAAUGAGGAUGAGGAAACAGUUUUAACUGAGGUUGCUUAACUUCACACUGGUAGUGGGUUUGGAGAGUUGGCUUUAAUUACAAACAAACCAAGGGCAGCAAGGAUAAAAUGCCACACAGAAUGCCAUUUUGCUGUAAUGACUAAACAUGAAUACACCAGAUGUCUUGCCAAAAUAGAAAACAAGACCAGAAUUAGGACAAUUCAGUUUUUAUCAGAAAUUCCAUUCUUUACAUCCUGGUCCACAACACAACUAGGGAAACUUCUAUCAAGCUUCAAUUUGAUUAAAUUCAAAAGAGGUAGUGUGCUCUUUCAUGAAGGAUUACCAAAUGAUGAUAUCUAUAUUGUGAGAAAUGGAGAAUUUAAGGGUAUAAGGAAUAUGAUAAUUAGGAACUCUAAUAGCAUUGAACCAGUCAUGCAAUACCUAAGAGGAGAGAGAACAAAUAAAAGUCUUCGAUCGUCAUUCAAUAAAAAUUUCCACUCUCUCACUAAAAAUUAGAAUCUCACAAAUGUUAACUAAAAGAAAGAACUUGUAGAGUUAUUCAUCUUCGGAAAAGGCUAACUAUUUGGGGAGGAAAGAUUUAUCAGAAAUUAAAAUGUGGCUCCCUACACAGCAAUCUGUUAAAGCCUUGAAGGUGAAGUUUUAAGAAUAUCAAGCAUAGAAUUUAUGAGAAAAUUUCACAAUAUUAAUGACACGAUGGAAGUGAUUGAGAAAAUGACAAAACUUAAAGAAGAUUAAAUGACUCAUAAGCAACUUGAUGGUUUGAUAAAUCUUCAGAAAUUCAAGAAUCCAUCCACUAAACGAACACACCUAGAAAUAAACACUUCUGAAAAUGAAUUACCAAAGCCUAAAAUUAAAAGUUUUAGUAGUACAAAUAGAUAGGACUACUCUACCUUCUUUCUCAAAUCAACAAAUGAAAAAAGAGAUGCUCUUAAAUAAAUGGUAGAGGGUUUCACAGUUGUAAAUAAAGUUUAAAAGUUAAUAAAAAUUGAAGAUUAAGAUAGCAAUCUUAUUGAUUUGACUUAAUAAGAAGUUAUCACUAAUAUGAACAAAACUGGAAAUAACUUUAGACUAAUGUCAUAGAGGCUACCAUAACCUGUCAUUGAUCAUGACAAACUUAUAAUGGCAAGAAAGAUUUAAACAGCAAAUAGAGGGUCUCCUCUCUCAUUAGAUUAGACUAUUUAAAAGAAAGUUCCACCUAAGAUUACAAGUUUCAGAAAGAAGAAAGAAAAAAUCAAAGGGACCAAACUUUAUAUGAGCUCUUAACUUGUUGAUGCAAUUUAAGAAAUGAGGAAACAAACUUAGGAAAAUAGCAAUAGAAGGUAACAAAAGAAAGAAUAACUAUAGAGAAUAUCUUGCCAAUAAGUGGUAGAUGAGAAUUCUUUCCCACAGAAAAACGAUAAAGAGUCAAAAUUUGAAAUGGAAUUCAGCAGCGAAGAUGAAUCUGACAUUGAUGAUAGAGUUACAACAUUUAGGACAGAGCUAAAAUCAUAGCGGUCAAUUACUGAACAUUUCAGCAGAGCGUUUAUCUAAAAUCAUUUUAAUCCAGUUUCAAGUUAAAACAAGUCAACAGCUAAUAACUCUCCUCCCUCUGAGAUGGAUGAAUCUAAUAACAGAAGUUUCUUUGGUCCAAUGACAAGAUAAUCCAGCAAGAGAACCUUAAAGAGCAUAGUGGUGAAUCAAAGAAAUAAAAGAUAGUCAAUUAACAUAAGUUAAGAUGACAUUGUGAGUUUACCCAAUAAAUAAUUCAUAAACAGUGAUGGGUCCUAAAUAAAGGUACUUAAAGCAUAGCAUAUGGAAUUCAGUCCCUUGAUUCAAUAUCUUAUUAAGUAAAGAUAAAAAGACUCACGGUAAAGCUAGCCCACAUCAAUUUUGAAUAGCAGUGGAAGAUAAACUCCUAAUCUCAGCUAUUCUAGACCCAAAGUAAUGGAUAAAACUGUAUUUAUGCAUGUGGCUGAGACUUUAUAAAGAGGCAAUAUUAUUAAUCUAAAUAGAAAGAGCAAGCAUUUUUACCACAAUCAAAGUAUGCUUCCACACAUUACAAGAUAUUGA